UUGGGUUUGCUCUGGAUGACAGCGAGCGCCCCGUAGGCCGGCUGCAGCCCAGGGUUAUGUCAUGAGCAAAAAAAAUUAAAAUUAGAAUAUUACAUCUCCCAAGCGGCCGAGUCCCUGAAAGGCAGCGGAGUGUUUCCAGAGUUGUCUCCGUCCCCGGAGCUGGGAGCCAGUGGCAGGGAUCAGGGGAGUGAGAGUUCUCGGAUGCUCUGACAGGGUGGUGCCGUGGCGUUAUCUGGACAUUCCUUUGCCUCGGAAUUCCCAGUGGUGCCAGAGGACAGUGCUCAGCUUCGGGAAGUGUCACUGAGUCACCGGUUGCUCCUUUGUCUCCUCUCCCUCCCGUGCUGCUUUCCUGGGAACCAUCCCAGCCCGGUUUAGCUCUGAUCCAUCCUCCCGUGGUGCGUGGGGAGCGGCAGCGCAGCCCGAGCCGGUUUCAGCAGUUCUGCUUCCCUCUCCUCGCAGCACAGGCUGCUUUUUUUAGUCUCGUAGCGAACUGGAGCAGCGAACUGAUCCGGCUGGAAACGAGCCCUGCAGAAACAGUUGUGAACUGGAUUAAAUUCCAACUGAGUUUGCUCUGUGGCUGCACAAGCUUUCCCUUGCGCCGCGGGGGAAGAAGGAAGGGUGGGGACCACUCCAAUUGGCACUGCUGCCUGUCCACGGCUGCGCUGUGUCCUAACGGACGUCCGAAGCCAAUUAGUGGAUCUGAGGAGUCUCUGACUAACUCCGGGUUCUCUAGUGCCGUGGGAUCUUGAUGCCGGAGUGUGAAGAACUCGCUGUUUACCUCUCUCUGCCUGAAAACAAGCCGGGUUGUGUUCCUGGCAGUUUUUCUGUCUGGCAGAAGGUGGGGCUCUUGCAUUCACUGCUGCGAGCUCCUUGGUGCUGUGCAAAAAAUGCUGAGAAUCCGGGAGAAACGGCUGACUUGAGGAAGCAGCGAAGGCAGAUGAAAGUGAAUUCCUGGGUGGGAAGAGGUUCAGCCUCCUGCUGUCUUCUGCGGGAUUCUGUGGUCAGAGAGGGUCUGAGAAGUGUCCAGGGCUGUUUCCAUAGGUGUCUCUCCACGGCUGAGGACCCCACCUCCUGUAAUUUGCCUUUGGGCUGAGCGGGGCUGGGAUCCCCCUGCCCCACCAGCCGUGACAGAGUCCCCUCCUGCUGUUUCCCAGUUGCUGUGGAGGCACCAGCUCCAGCCUUCUGGGACUGAGUCUAAAGAGUCUGUGCAAGAGAGCUGCUGUGCAAGGUGAUGAGCAGAGCACCUGAGCCUCAAAAGUUGCUGAGGAGCAGUUUCCUUCCCAAUGCCUCGGAGCAAUGCCUGAGGUUUGGGGUGUUGAGCUCCCGGGAGGCACCCACACCCGGCUGGUAGUCAGCAGUGUUUGUUGGGGAGCUGAGCCCUUUGAAGGACCGUGCUGCAGGUCUCCUCCCCUGUGUGUGUUGGUAUGUACUCGAUGGAGGUCUCAGCACCGUGUAGAUGGGAUGCUCGAGUGCAGUUCUCUCCUGGCAGUUCACACACAAUCAGGUUCUUUGGCUUUGCUUUAUCUGAUGGUGUAAUGGCUGGUCUUGCAUACACCUGGAAAAGCUCAGGUUUACCAAUAAAUGCUUCAUCUGAGGAGCAUGAGGCCCUCAGAAAUGUUUUGGUGUGAUUGGGAGUCUCCUUCCUCUCUGGCUGCAUGUUUGGAGAAGCAGCCGAGGUGCUGUGGCUGCGGUGGUGAGAUGCAGAGCUCUGUGCAGGAGGAAAGGCACCCAGAGCUGUUGGGGACGUGCACGUGGGUUGCUGCGUGUGCAUCUUGUUUAUUGUAUUCAUGCUUUCAAAGAGGGCUCAAUUGCAGAAAGUUCAAGAGUCAACGGAAGUCAGCAAUUUGGGACUUCAGUUCUUUAAAGCUCUCACUGAAGUCCGUCACUUCCAUUUCCCUGGAAGCUGUAGGUGUCGUAGGAGUUCAGGUGUUCCUAGAAGGAAUCCUUCAGCCUACAGAGAGAGAGCAGCCUGUAGUGCUUGGGAGGUGAAAUCUCACCUGGAGGCGAGGCAAAGGUGCAAUAAGGGGAUCAAGCAGUGGAACGGAUGCUUGAGUGAGUGUUUGCUCAGCGCUUCUGGGAGCCUUCGAGGCUGGAGGCUGUUUUGGACGGGAGCACAAAGCAAGUGACUGGGUUUGAUAGGGAAUUACCGGGGAGAAAUCCAAGCAGUUGUUCACGUGGGCCACGGGAUUAAAUGGCAUCUGUGUGUGUGGGGUCACAGGGAGCAGUUCUGGGGCUGCCUGGUUGGGCUGGGGCUGCGCUGCUGGGGAGGAGCCGCGCUGGCAGUUGGGGGGGUCGGGCAGUUACCCUUCUCCUCCCCACCUCAGAGUAAGUCGCGGGUGUGAGGAUGGCAGAGCAGGAGCCAACGGCAGAGCAGCUGGCCCAGAUUGCAGCUGAAAAUGAGGAGGACGAACACUCCGUCAACUACAAGCCUCCUGCCCAGAAGAGCAUCCAGGAGAUCCAGGAGCUGGACAAGGAUGACGAGAGCCUGCGCAAGUACAAGGAGGCCCUGCUUGGUGCUGUCACUGUGACUGCAGAUCCCAAUGCUCCAAACGUGGUGGUGACCAAACUGACCCUGGUCUGUGCCACUGCCCCCGGCCCGCUGGAGCUGGACCUGACGGGUGACCUGGAGGGCUUCAAGAAGCAAGCGUUUGUGCUGAAGGAGGGUGUGGAAUACCGGAUAAAAAUCUCCUUUAGGGUCAACAGGGAGAUUGUGUCGGGGUUGAAGUACAUUCAGCACACGUUCCGGAAAGGCGUGAAAAUUGACAAGACCGAGUACAUGGUUGGGAGCUACGGCCCCCGAGCAGAGGAGUAUGAGUUUCUGACCCCCAUGGAAGAAGCCCCUAAGGGCAUGCUGGCCCGGGGCAGCUACAACAUCAAAUCCAAGUUCACAGAUGAUGAUAAGACUGACCACCUGUCCUGGGAGUGGAACCUGACCAUCAAGAAGGAUUGGAAGGACUAGCCCUUCCCGAGGCCAAACCCCAGAGAGCGUGAAUCAGACAGUGGCUACCGUAGAAAUCCCCCCCUGUACCAAAGUGCUGACAUUGGAAACCCUCCUCCUACCUUUCA